AUGAAAAAAGUUAGUGUUUGUGGUUUCGACCCUUAUUUAAAGAAAAGUGAUUACAGUGAAAAUGUGGAACUUCUACCAAGCGUGCAGUAUCUGGAUAUCGUAAAUUAUUAAGUCUUGCAAACCUCGUGGGCGAAAACAAGCCAAAUGAAGGCCCUCAAGUCGAUGGAUACUUUUUAGUCUCUGGCUGGGUGAACACCCUAUACAUGCGAUGUGUUGGUACAGAUAAAGUUGUUGUGUUUGCAAGGGUGAGUGAAGAUAACUUAAAGUUCUUUGUUCCCUGUUUUGACAUUUUCACUGCAUGUUAUUCCUAAUUUUGUUGUGUUAUAUGUACAACUACUUUCAGGUGAUACAAAUAAAAUGUGGAAUUCAGCUAAUUUGAAGGCUGUGUUAUGUUACGUUUUUCUCUUAGUUUAAAAAUUUAUUUGGAUAAACAUUGUAAAAUAUCUGCAGUGGUUUUCAGUUUAUUCUUUGUUUAAAUUUUGUUUUCGUCUUUCCGGGUAUAGUAAUGUGUGAUAAUGAGUGUUGAACCAAAGAUAAGAUUGAACCGCUACAUAGCUAGCCACUUUUAAAAAUGGGAAGAGGAAUGUCGAGCAAUAGAGGCUUCAGCUAGAAAGCAGUCACAAAGUCCAGUUUGGUACCAGCAAAGGGCAGGUCGUGUAACCUGCAAAGAGUCUGACUAAGUCAAUAUGUUACCCUGAAGCCCAUAAAUUUUCAACUGCAGCUACAAGGUGGGGUUGAAGAAAUGAGGGUAGGGCACGUCAAGCUUACGAGGAAUCCAUAGGUCAAUUCCACGAGUCUUUAACAAUUUCAGACAGUGGUUUGAAUAUUGAUCCAAGGUGGCUAUACUUGGGAGCUUUCCCUGAUGGGUUUGUACAUUGCAAAUGCUGUGGGCAGGGUGUAGGUGAAAUGUUACAUGCCUAUAAGGAUGCAGUAAACUCUAAAGCUGCUGGAAAGAAAAACGUUUGUCUAAAGAAAGAUGAACUUAGUAACAUUUACCAGGACAAAUCCCAUCCUUAAUAAUACGAAGUUCAAGCACAGAUAUUUAUCUGUGGUGUUGAAUAUUGCGACUUUGUAGUGUGGACAACGCAAGAUAUCUUUGUGCAGCGAAUUCUUCCUGACCGAGAGCUUCGGGCCAAUUCACUACGCGCUCCCACUGAAUUUUUCAGCAAAUUCCUUUUGCCUGAAAUGGUGGGUAUUUUAAGUGUUAUACACGUCCAGGUUGUGAAGUUCAAGCCCACAUUAAUUCACCAUCAUCAACAUGUGAUGAAGACGACGUGGAAGGGCCUUGGUGCUACUGUCAGCGACAUGUGGAAGAAAGCACAUUAA